AUGGGACUAACGGCACCUCCCGACCCUCUCGCUCCCCUGGCAGGGCUGGAGUACAGCGACGUGCUGCCCGACUCCUUCCCCUCGGCCCCGGCGGAGACCCUCCCUCACUUUCUGCUGGAGCCGCAGGAUGCCUACAUCGUGAAGAACAAGCCGGUGGAGCUCGUCUGCCGCGCCAACCCUGCCACCCAGAUCUACUUCAAGUGCAACGGGGAGUGGGUCAACCAGAACGACCACGUCACCAAGGAGAGCCUGGACGAGGUCACUGGGAUGCUGGUGCGGGAGGUGCAGAUCGAGGUCUCCCGGCAGCAGGUGGAGGAGCUUUUCGGCUUAGAAGAUUACUGGUGCCAGUGCGUGGCCUGGAGUUCCGCGGGCACCACGAAGAGCCGCAGGGCGUACGUCCGCAUAGCCUACCUGCGGAAGAACUUCGACCAGGAGCCACUGGGCAAGGAAGUCCCACUGGAGCACGAGGUCCUGCUGCAGUGCCGCCCACCCGAGGGGGUGCCGCAGGCGGAGGUGGAGUGGCUGAGGAAUGAGGAUGUCAUCGAUCCCACGCAGGACACCAACUUCCUGAUCACCAUCGAUCACAACCUCAUCAUCAAGCAGGCCCGGCUCUUGGACACUGCUAAUUACACCUGCAUGGCCAAGAACAUCGUGGCCAAGCGCCGGAGCACCACGGCUGCUGUCAUCGUCUAUGUGAAUGGUGGCUGGUCCACCUGGUCCGAGUGGUCUCCCUGCAACAACCGCUGUGGCCGGGGCUGGCAGAAGCGUACCCGGACGUGCACCAACCCCGCACCGCUGAACGGCGGCUCCUUCUGCGAUGGGCAGCCUUUCCAGAAAAUCACGUGCACCACCCUCUGCCCAGUGGAUGGCGCGUGGACGGAGUGGAGCAAGUGGUCAGCGUGCAGCACCGAAUGCACCCACUGGCGCAGCCGCGAGUGCACCGCCCCGGCCCCCCGCAACGGCGGCAAGGACUGCAGCGGCGUGCUGCUCGACUCCAAAAACUGCACCGAUGGGCUCUGCCUGCAGAAUAAAAGAGUUCUAAGCGAACCCAAAAGCCACCUGCUGGAGGCCACAGGCGACGUGGCCCUGUAUGCUGGGCUGGUGGUGGCCAUUUUCGUCUUCAUCGUGAUCCUCAUGGCUGUGGGGGUGGUGGUGUACCGGAGGAGACGCCGGGAUUUUGACACGGACAUCACAGACUCAUCAGCUGCUCUGACCGGAGGCUUCCACCCCGUCAACUUCAAGACCUCCCGGCAUGACAACCCUCAGCUGCUGCACCCCUCGAUGCAGCCGGACCUGACGGCCAGCGCAGGGGUGUACCGUGGCCCCAUGUAUGCCCUGCAGGACUCCUCCGACAAGAUCCCCAUGACCAACUCUCCCCUGCUCGACCCCCUCCCCAACCUCAAGAUCAAGGUGUACAACUCCUCCACCACCUCCUCCUCGCCGGGGCUCCACGACGGGACUGACCUGCUCGGGGGGAUCCCUGCCACCGGCACCUACCCAGGGGACAACACCAGGGAUGGCCACUUUGCAAACAUGCGGAGCAAAGCCCUGGGCUCCCAGCAUCUCCUCAGCUUGCCCCGGGAGCACGGCAACAGCGCCAGCGGCACAUUUGGCUACCUGGGGGGAAGGCUCACCAUCCCGGGCACUGGGGUGAGCCUGCUGGUGCCCCACGGGGCCAUCCCCCAGGGGAAGUUCUACGAGAUGUACCUGGUCCUCAACAAGGCAGAGAGCACCCUCCCACCCUCCGAAGGCACGCAGACGGUGCUGAGCCCGGCGGUGACCUGCGGACCCACCGGCUUGCUCCUGUGCCGCCCCGUCGUCCUGACCAUUCCCCACUGUGCCGAUGUCGGCUCCUCGGAUUGGAUUUAUCAGCUGAAAACACAGUCCCACCAGGGAAACUGGGAGGAAGUUGUGACCCUGGAUGAGGAGACCCUCAACACUCCCUGCUACUGCCAGCUGGAAGCCAAGUCCUGCCACAUUUUGCUAGACCAGCUUGGCACCUACGUCUUCGUGGGAGAGUCCUACUCCAGGUCAGCCAUCAAGAGGCUCCAGCUGGCGAUUUUUGCCCCCACUGUUUGCACCUCCCUGGAGUACAGCCUCAAGGUCUACUGCUUGGAGGACACGCCAGAUGCUCUGAAGGAGGUGCUGGAGCUGGAGCGGACGCUGGGUGGGUACCUGCUGGAGGAGCCCAAGCCCCUGCCCUUCAAGGACAGCUACCACAACCUGCGUCUCUCCAUCCAUGACAUCCCCCAUGCGCUGUGGAGGAGCAAGCUGCUGGCCAAGUACCAGGAAAUCCCCUUCUAUCACAUCUGGAGCGGCAGCCAGCGAGCCCUGCACUGCACCUUCACGCUGGAGAGGUACAGCCAGGCCUCCACCGAGCUCACCUGCAAGAUCUGCGUCCGGCAGGUGGAAGGGGAAGGGCAGAUCUUCCAGCUCCACAUCACGCUGGGAGAGCACGCCAGCUCCUUCGACAGCCUCCGCUCCCACCACAGUGGUGCCACCACCACCCAGCUGGGACCCUACGCCUUCAAAAUCCCCCUCUCCAUCCGGCAGAAGAUCUGCAACAGCCUGGAUGCCCCCAACUCCAGGGGAAACGACUGGAGACUUCUCGCCCAGAAGCUUUCCAUGGACAGGUAUCUGAACUACUUCGCCACCAAAGCCAGCCCCACCGGGGUGCUCCUGGACUUAUGGGAAGCCGAGCACCAAGACGACGGCGAUCUCAACACCCUGGCCAGUGCCUUAGAAGAGAUGGGCAAGAGCGAGAUGCUGGUGGUCAUGGCCACGGAGGGGGACUGCUGA